AUGAUUCAAUUAAAGACGAUGCUGAAUUGCAUCGACAACUCCGGUGCCGCCGUGGUCGAAUGCGUGAACGUUCUGAAAAAGAAGCGUCCAGCAACGGUCGGCGACCGGAUCGUGGUGGUCGUCCAGAAGCAACGAAACUUUGGCCCCGAGAGCACGAAUAACAGUGGUAUCGCAAACAAGGUCCGUCGAGGAGACAUCCGACACGCCGUCGUCGUCCGAGCAAAGAAGGAAAUGCAAAGGCCAGAUGGAUCUAUUGUGAAGUUUGAUGAUAAUGCUUGCGUGCUGGUGAACAAGUCCGGAGACCCAAUCGGAACAAGAAUGAACGGCGUUGUGGCUACGGAACUACGGGGGAAGCAAUGGUCUAAGAUUCUGUCGUUGGCGCCGAUGCACGUGUAA